AUGUCAAACACCACUCGAGAUGCGCCAGGCUCGCAGGCUGUACGAAGCAAUGCACAACAACCAAGGCACGCAGCCGAGACUCAGCACAGCACCGAGGACAACGGCGUCCCGGAAUCUGAGCGUGGCAAGCGCCAUUCUGGUAACACUUUCGAAACACCGCGGAGAGAGAGCCCCAAUAGCACGUACAGUAGCGACGGCGUAGCAUCCACUGCGUCUGUCCGCGCUCCAUCCACCUCACAACCUCAAUACAACUCGACGUCAUCCGAGGAGACCAAUGAGAAAGGUGACGACGAUUCAUUACAGCCCGAGAGCGACAGCCCGAGCGACAUUAUCGAUGUCGUAUCUUUGCUCUUUUCCAAUGGCGGGCCGACCAGUCUCCUGAAGGUUGUAUCCCGUGCCCAGGGCAAAGACUUCGAAGACGAGACAUCGCGUAAGGAGGUCGAGGACUUCGUGGCCCGCUCUCCAGAACUGCAAACUCUUCUUCAGGAUAUCUCGAAGGUUGCACGUGAUCUGGACGAGCCAGACGUGCUCGAAGGCGUGAUCGCCGGUGCCCAUAACCUUAUAGUCGCGCGUGACGAACGACGAUCAAAGGAGGAAAAUGGCAUAACAGGCCAGAACGUGAUCGACGCCCAAACAGGACUAAGCAAACACAAGCUCUAUCCAUAUCUUCUCGAAAGCACGGAUGUCGAGAGCGUCAAGAGUGGAGAAGCGCUCGGUGUCAACACAGCGGACGAGUGUGCAGCUGCAGAACAGCUUCGUCGAGACUUUGUCGCCGACUUUGGGGGCGCAUUGCCAAAGGCCGAACCUGAAUAA